AUGGCCGAUUCGAUGCCUGAUGACCACGACUUCACUGCAACUGAGCUUUCUCAGGAGGAUCGGGAAAUCAGCGUGACCAAAUGCUCUUUAUUCGCUGUUUUCGCCAUUACAUUAGUGACUCUUACUCUUUUUGCUAUAUACUUUGCAAGAGAAAAAAGUAUGAGCGUUAUGUCUUCAAAUGGUCAGAGCAGGGAUUCACUAGGAGACCAACGUAAUAAAGAUCAUAAAGAAAAAGAAGGAAUGGAUUGGCAUGACGGCGGAAGUUAUAUGGAUAAUAGAUUAAAAAGGAAACUUGUUUGA